CGCCUCUACAUCCUCCCUCAGGUGCCGCAGUUCGUGACGAAGAAGGCCACGCUGCCGCAGUACAUCACCCACACCGUCAUCAACACGCGCCCCAAGUAUAUCACCGUCACUGAGAAGUCCUACGUCACCGUGUACGCCACCAGGACACGCAAGGCCUACGAGACCAUCUGCCCGAAAGGCUAUGGCCACGGCGGGGACCACGGAGGCCACGGGGGACAUGGGGGACACGGGGGCGGGUACCACCGCUAAGGCGCCCAGCAAGAUGAUGUAGUGAUGUCCAAGGCUAUGAAAAGUUGCGUAAGGGGAGGAGGGGAAGGGAGAAUGAUUAUAUGCAAACACUAAAUGAAGAGGUGAAGGAGUAGGUAAAUAAGGGGAGGGAUUCGGAACUGGAAAAAAUAGGCUACAGUUUUUGCAUCGUUCAAACUUUAACCUCCACUUUCAUAUUGUUGUUUUCUUUAUCUUUUUGUUGACUGUAGAUAAAGAAAUCUUUGAACCAAAGCAACACCUCCUCCUCCUUUCCCUCCUCCCGGUAUGCCAUUUUAUUGUUACUGUUACUGUUGUUAUUUUGGUUGUUAAAAAUAUUAUUUUUAUAAGUCAAGAAUUCCGCCCAUGUAACAUGUUAUCUAGUCCCUGAAA